GAACCUCAGUUGGAGUUGUCGGACAGAAUUGCAUUUGCCUGCCUGCAUCUCUCAGACAAGAGGCUGAUGGCCUUCUUAGAAAAGCAGACAACAAUAUUUAUCAACAAUGGAGACCUUACUGGACUCAUCCUAACUGGAUUGACAGAAAACGGAGUCCAGCUUCUAUCCAAGUUCAUCGAUAAAACAUCUGACAUUCAAACAGCCGUCACCUUAAUACUUCAAGGUCGCCUUCCAGAGGUUGACAUAACCAAGCUCAGUCUGGUUGAACAUUGGUUCGAAAACUACAGGAGCCUUCUGAAUAGCAUGAAGCUAUGGAAUGAAAGAGCAGAGUUCGAUGUUUUCCAGCGCAAGCAGGAGAAAUCCAUCAUGGAGUCACUGCGACAGGUCCACAUCUGCUGCACGUUCUGCAGCAAGCCAAUCAUCACCGACCAGAAGACCAAUAGGAUUAGGGCUAACAUCAAGCCUAGAGUUCAGUCCUGCCCUCACUGCCGAAAGCCCCUCCCACGCUGUGCAAUCUGCAUGCUUCACAUGGGUACUGCCUCUGGGAUUAGCUGUCCCAAGAGCACUAAAAGUAAAUCGAGCAAUUUCAUUGGCAACUUGAAGCAGGGCAAGACACUAGCUCGCAUAUCAGAAUGGUUCACCUGGUGCCAAAACUGUCUACACGGCGGGCAUGCCGACCAUAUUAUCAACUGGUUCAGCACUCAUAGCAGAUGUCCGGUUUCAGGCUGCAACUGCAAGUGCGAAAGACUGGACAGCGUUAGUCGGGUGGAUACCUACACGAACCUUGAUGAUGAUGAUGAUGGUGGUGGUGUGAUGAUGAUGAUGAUGAUGAUGAUGAUGGAGAAGUGAUAAUAGUAAUUCAAAAUAAACAAUGUUGAACAGGGUGAU